AUGAAUGCCAAAAACCAUCAUUUCGGAAACGGCCGUGCCAACUCGUACGCCACGCACAGGACUCCAGCUGGCGCCAACGCCAGCGCCAACGCCAACGCCAACACCAACGCCAUCGACAUCCCCAGCCGCAGCAUCCCACGGUCGCACACAGACGAAACGCUUUCCAGCAGCGGCCUGCAAAGCACUCUGUCGCAUGCCCAGGACGAGUCCACAAUGGACUCGUCGGUUUCGUCGAUGAUGUUCUCGAAAUACCUGCCCGAGGACGAGGAAGAAGAGUUCUCGCCUCGCCAGUCGGUCACUAGCGACGGCGCGGGCGAUGAGUCUCUGACGCGGGUCUCCAGCGGCUCGUCCAUUGAGUCCAACCUCCAGCAUGGCACGCGCUACAAGCUCACGAUGAAGCUGUCGGCGCGGGACAUAACGCUGAUCCGGGAAUCGUGGUCGAUUUUGCUGGACGACGAGUGUCCACCGGAAAAGCUCAAGAGCUUUGUCUCCAAGCUUCAGGCCGGCCGCAACAUGGGACUGGCCGAGCCCACCAACAACAGACACAACAGGCGAGCCGGCCACCCCACCAUGGGCAUGAACCGCUCACAGGCUGGUGCGGGAGCCGGAGGCCCAGCGGCAGCGCCAAACCCAGCAAAGGACUCAGAACGUGUACGAAGCACCAGCGGGAAGAAGAGCUCGAACUCGUUGUUCGGUGACCAAUUUUUGGAAAAUAUCAUGGCCUUGGCGCCCGAGCUUCAAACUUUGUUUCCCAUGAUCAAACACAUUGCCGUGGGUGUUACCGGCGUGCUGACGAUCGCCGUGAACAACCUCGAGGAUCUUUCGGUGCUGGACACGUACAUGGCAGGGCUCGGUAAACGUCACGCUCGCAUUCUAGGGGUGCAGGCGGGACAAUUCGAAUUUGCCGGCGCGGCGUUCAUGCAAACUGUGCGCGAGCGUUUUGGUGUCAGCUGCACCCUUGAGCUGGAGGAAACCUGGCGCCGGAUGUAUUCGUUUUUGGCCAACAGUUUGCUGCAGUUUGGUAUCGAUCCAACGCUGGAAACCCCCGAGUCAUCAUCGCGUUCAAGUUCUCGCGCUGAACAGGUCAUUUACAUGGAGCCCCCCGAGCUUCUGAGCAGAAGCGGCACUCUUGGUGCUCAGAAAGCCAAUCCACCAACCGUUCCACCCAAGCCAGUGCAAAAGUCCCUUCUGGAUCCAGUGGCUAUGUCGAGGGACCACAGACUAUCCACGGCAAGUGGUAUACAGGGCGCGAAUAAGCUACCACCAAGAAGAACGGCUCAAUCUGGGUUCAAUUCUCGCAAGAAUGGCGAAAAGGACUGUGUCAUUAUGUAA